CCCCGCGCCGGCGCCGGCGGGGGCGGGGGGGGGCUGCCCCCGCCGCCUGCGUACCUUCCUUCCUUCUUUCCUUUCCUUUCCCUUCCCUUCCCCUCCUGAUCCCGCACGGCCCGGCCCGGCUCCACUCGGCUCGACACUGUGAUUGGGCGGAAGAUGGCGCUGGGCGGAUGGAAAUCCUAAUGACAGUCUCCAAAAUCGCCUCCAUCUGUACCAUGGGCGCCAAUGCCUCAGCUUUGGAGAAAGAGAUUGGUCCGGAACAAUUUCCAGUCAAUGAGCACUAUUUUGGUUUGGUUAAUUUUGGGAAUACAUGCUACUGCAAUUCAGUUCUUCAGGCACUUUAUUUUUGUCGACCAUUUCGAGACAAAGUCUUAGCAUACAAGAGUCAACCAAGAAAAAAAGAGAAUCUCCUUACAUGCUUAGCUGAUCUUUUCCACAGUAUAGCAACCCAGAAGAAAAAAGUUGGAGUAAUACCUCCCAAGAAAUUUAUAACAAGAUUGCGAAAAGAAAAUGAGCUUUUUGAUAACUACAUGCAGCAGGAUGCACAUGAGUUCUUAAACUAUCUAUUAAAUACAAUUGCGGAUAUCCUGCAAGAGGAAAGAAAACAAGAGAAACAAAAUGGUCGCCUGCCCAAUGGCAACAUCGACAAUGAAAAUAACAGCCCACCAGAUCCAACCUGGGUUCAUGAAAUCUUUCAGGGAACAUUAACUAAUGAAACCAGAUGUCUUACAUGUGAAACUGUAAGCAGCAAAGAUGAAGACUUCUUAGACCUUUCAGUUGACGUGGAGCAGAAUACUUCAAUCACUCACUGUUUAAGGGGUUUCAGCAAUACAGAAACUCUGUGCAGUGAAUACAAGUAUUACUGUGAAGAAUGUCGCAGUAAGCAAGAAGCGCAUAAAAGGAUGAAAGUAAAAAAGCUGCCUAUGAUUCUAGCUCUCCAUUUGAAGAGAUUUAAAUACAUGGAUCAGCUCCAUCGAUAUACAAAACUCUCUUAUAGAGUAGUUUUUCCUUUAGAGCUUCGUUUAUUUAACACCUCAGGAGAUGCCACCAAUCCUGACAGAAUGUAUGACCUUGUUGCUGUGGUAGUUCAUUGUGGAAGUGGCCCUAACAGAGGACAUUAUAUUGCAAUAGUGAAGAGUCAUGAUUUUUGGUUGCUUUUUGAUGAUGAUAUUGUUGAGAAAAUUGAUGCACAAGCUAUUGAAGAAUUCUACGGGUUGACAUCAGACAUCUCAAAGAACUCUGAGUCUGGUUACAUCCUCUUCUAUCAGUCUCGAGACUGAGGGGGAACGGUAGUGAAAAGAGAUUUUUGUGUCUCACAUCCUCUCUAUCCUGGAAUGGAGCAAGCACUGAAGAGACAGAAAGCAGAGAUCUCUAGGGGCAAUAGCACAGUUUGCACACAACUAAGCAAAGAGUUUGGGUUCUUAAAACUUUCGUAUCAUUUUCAUUUUAUUUGCUCAGGUAUCAUGCUGACUACACAUCUCCACUGCAUCCCAUAAGCAAAAAGAGAGAUACCAGCCACUCUUGCAGGAACUUUCAUUUGGAUAAUACUGUCUCUGUGAUCCUAGUUCAAAGCCCAUUGAAGCCAUGGAGAACCUUUCACAGUCUUCAUUGGAGUUUGAAUCAGGUUCUAACUGCACUACCAGAUUGGUGCAGUAGGAGCACAAGAAAUCUGUAUUUUAUACAGAGUUUAUGUAUAAAAGGUAAAGGAUUCUUUAUGAAGUUAGUUUCCUGUGCUUAAGUUUGAAAGGGUGAGGAUCAGAGGGUUAACAUGUAAGCAAGAAGAUAUAUCUGGGCCCAACACAAUUGCCUUCUUGAUGGUAGUAGUUUAACUGAAGAUGUAAACUGGUGUCGGGGAGGCAAGUAUGUUUUGCUUCUCUGAAGAAGCUUACAUUAUUUAUAAUGUAUGAUCGGGAACAAUCAGUCAAGAUUAUGGCUUUUAAUCUCCGUAUGGGGAAGGAUUUAGUUUGUAAUAGUUUAUUUUUAUUUAUAAAUUAUUAUAACUUAGGAUCUUGUGUAUUGUCCUUUAUUCUAAUGAGUAUUGGAAAUUUAUAUAGUAAUUUGAAUUAAAACUAAUUAUGUUUAAGUAUAACUAUGUUUAAGAAGAGCCAAUAUAAAUUGUAAAGACAAUGCCUACAAUAUCUGAAAAAAAUUAAUAACACAGGAGAGAGAUUUCCUUCUGGAGGAACUGGUAUCUAACUGAGGUACUUUAUUUAAUAAAAUUAGAAUAUCCUCUUUUCAUUAAUGGGUGAAAAAAAGUGAUCAAGCUAUGACAUAGAAGACUUUUAAGAAUGCAUAUUGUAAGAAAAUGGUGGUGCAGUGGUGGUAUACUGGUCUUUAUAGUUCUUUGAUAAUUUGUAAAUGGUUCAUACACUAAGUAGAGUGAUUUGGAUCAAAGUAAACAAUUUUAAGAAUAUUAUUUCCUCUCCAAAAAAUGGAUCAACUUCUGUUAAACAUUAAAUUACGUCUGAGUAAUAAGAAGAAAUAGGCUUGGAAUUUCAUGAGCCUGAAGAUACCACAUUCCUUUAAAAGUAAUUAUACUUAAGACCUGUAGAGUGAAAAUUUCUGAAACUAGGCAGUUUACCUUGCUUUAGGUUUGUGAAACAGCAUUAACAAUUAAAUCUUGACAAAACACCUGAUCUGUAAGAAAUGUGAACUGUUGUGAUUUGACAUUCUUCACUUAGGAGUACAUUGUCUGACAGUAGCUGAAUGUAAUUUCUGGAAGGUCAUAGGAUGUGCAUUCCAGAUUAUGGCAAUCAGGUCUUGGAUGUCCUUGUCACUCCCUCUUCAGCUUGUGAUUUUUACAUUACUGUAAUUUUCUAACAUUAUUUUAUUGAUACUGUUACAACUUUUAAAAAGAAUGUCUCCUGUCUGCUGCUAUAACUAUUUACUUACCUGUAUCUUUUAGCUCAGGAAAUGACUUCACCUAUUCACUCAGUUGAACAAAUUUUAACAGGGUCACUAAAUAAAUUGGGCUAUUUAGCAACUGUCAUACUGUAACAAAUUGCUUUUGUAAGAUGCAGAGUUUCUAAUGCCUUGGUUUGGCUAGAAUUCUUUUAUAGAAGAUAAUGUACCAUGAUUAAUCUACCAGCAUUGUAAAGUAAAGCCUAAAUAUUGUGGGAGAUGCAGAAAAAUAUGAUUGAAUUUUCUUGAAGGAUUCAAAUAACGUUAAAACCUUUUUUCAGCUUUCAGUAGAAAAAGGGUUAAGGGGGUAAAUCAGUUGGAUAACGGUGCACGUUAGAAGGAUGAAGUCCUUUGCAUACUUAAGGUACAGUAUUGCAAAAGAACUGUCAUAUUACUUUUUGCUAAUUUAAAAUGUUUUAUCUUCUUUUUCCUUUUUUUUUGUUUAUUUUAAUGUAGUUAGAAACUGAGGCUAGUUGUUAAAUAUUUUAUACUCUAACAAAAUUUAAAGCAUUUUUGUUGUUUCACUGGUUUUACUCCUGCUAUGUAUUUUUAUAAGAUAAUGACUUUUAUUUUAUAUAGGGUUUUGAGAUAGUAUUCCAAAUUAUGUAUUUCAUUUUUCUUUUAGUGCAGCCGAAAUAAUUGUAAGUUCUUAAUUUAACUGGUAUCAGAAACUGCAAGUUAAAAAAAAAUAAAUUAAAAGAGACAGAGAAAUGUGAAAUAUAACUGAUUGGUAUGUAAAACAUUAUAGGAAUUUUUCUUGACUGUAAUACAGUGAGGAGUGUGGGAAGGUUGUCAGUUGUUGUAAAUGGUGGAAAUUAUUUGCUGUGUAACUAUGUAAAUGUUAAUUGGGACUACAGUCCCUUAUUUUGUAUAUUGGAGCAAAAAACUUCUAUUAAAUAAAGUAUGUUCUCUAAAGAUACGUACUGUAUCCUUUGUGGAGCCCUAAUAGUCAGUCAGCUGCCUUUUGUGCUUUGCAGUGUUUUCAAACCAAAAAAGUAUCUGGAACUUCCUGUAUUAAGCUGACUGCCCUGAGCUACGGAAGGCGAAGUGUGUUUAUAUACUCUGCGUUAUGUAUCUUACUCAAUGUGUUGUUAUGAAAACCGUUCAAUGGCAGCCAUCAGCAGGGUGAUGUGAGUCUCUAGGGUUAGUUUUUUAGUAAGUCAUUGGUUUCUGAGAUAGAGGAGAAGGGAGUGUUUCGAAAUACUGUUCUUUCUGCACUUCUGUUUCCUU